AAAACGAUUUUGCUUUUGGUAGCUUAGCCUGAACGAGGCUCCAAUUAUUUAACAACUGUGAGGUUCUUAAAUUCCGGGCAUACUGUUUACCUUCGCUGCUUUCACCUGCAAACCAUGGCGGACUACCAGUAUCUGCUGUACGAGGAAAGCUCGGCAGAAAAAGACUGUUGCUGUGUCUGUUGCUCUUGUUGUUAUUGUAGCUAGCGCUAGCGUUAGCUACAAUUAGCUGAUACUGCUGUCUUCGCUCUCAGCAUAACCGACGUUGAUUCAUUGCAGCGGGACUGUAAACCGCAUAAACAAGGUAACUGUGGAGCAAGUUGCAGACUGGAACAAUCGACUCCAGCUAUGCUUUUGUUUUACUUUUACGCUCAUUACAUAAGUGGUCAUGACCAUUAUUUCAGGCAAGGUUGUUACAGACGAUAGGCUUACAUUAAGAGAGCAGUCAAGUUAAAUCUGAUCUCUCAGAAGACAGUAAAAUGCUACUACCAGCUAAGGUGAGCUAAUAAACAUGAAGCUGUCUGUGAAAGGUUUGAUAACUACAUGGCGUUUGUGCUUUCUACAUUUUUAAAAAUGGAGCAGCAAAUAGUAGCCAGGGAGCUGCCUCUGCCACUUCACAACACAUCUGUCUGAGUUGUACGGCUGUGAGAGUGAAGUCAUGUCUUGCAAAGCCGCAACCAAGGACAAGAAGUCGAGCUUCAGCAAAAAGCUGUUCAGGCGAGGCUCUGUGCGCUCCGUGGGUAGUUUUAUGAGCAGAGUCCUGAGGACACUCACGGCUUUAUCCCACUUUGGAUCUGAAGUGCAAACGGAGGAGGACAAAGAUGAUGGAGGCUUCUCCAGUUUUAAAUCUGGAAGCAAAGAUGUGCAGAUGGAUGAUGGGGACCUGGGAGGUUUCCUGUCGGGGGAGAGAGUUCCUGGAGUGUCAGGUCUCAAAAACCACGGGAAUACCUGCUUCAUGAAUGCGAUUCUGCAGUGCCUCAGUAACACUGAACUCUUUGCUGAGUAUCUCGUCUUGGAGCACUACAAAGAUGAGGAUCUGGAUGAGGACAAACCAAAGACAAAUGGGGUACAUUUGCAGAAGAGGGCUUCUCUGGGGAAAGGAGAGGUUACAGAGCAGCUGUCAGGACUAGUGCGGGCUCUGUGGACGUUUGAGUAUACCCCUCAGCAUAGCAGAGAUUUCAAGAAUGCUGUGUCAAAAAAUGCCACCCAGUUUAAAGGGCAUGCUCAGCACGAUGCUCAAGAGUUUCUUCUGUGGCUGCUGGACAGAGUACACGAGGACCUCAACACAACCAACCCAAGUUGCAGACCUGCUAUAAAGCCACCCAUUGAAGAAGAUGACCAAAGCUUAGAGGGCCCCUCUCCCCCUCUCUCUGCUGGGUCAUUUGUACAGGAACUGUUUCAAGCACAGUACAGGUCCUCUCUCACCUGUCCACAUUGCCAAAAGCAAAGCAAUACGUUCGAUCCCUUCCUCUGCAUCUCUUUACCAAUCCCACUGCCACACACACGGCCCUUAUAUGUGACAGUGGUCUACCAGGGGAAGUACUCUCACUGUAUGAGGAUCGGAGUUGCUGUUCCCCUCAACAGCACGGUCUAUCGCCUCAGAGAUGCUGUGUCACGUGAGACAAAGAUCCCCAUGGACCAGUUUGUGUUGACUGAAAUGUACUAUGACGGUUUUCAUCGCUCAUUUUGUGAUGAUGACGAUGAUCUUGACAUCAUUCAAGAAAGUGAUUCCAUCUUUGCCUUUGAGACACCAGAGACCUUCAAACUGGAAAACAUACGCACAAAAAGAGGAAGUCUUCUGGCAAACUUGAAUCAUAACAACUUGAAGUAUGGGGCAGAAAUCAGCAGGACUCCAUCUUUUAUGCAGGGGGCCAUGACCCCCUUAACUGCAUCCCCCAAUAAAAACCUGGGGCCAGAAAAAAUGAUCCUUCUGGUGUGUAAUAGAGCUUGUACUGGCCACCAGGGGAAGAGGUUUGGACUUCCUUUUGUACUGUAUAUGGAGCGCACUGUGACCUGGGAUGCUCUGCAGAAGGAAAUCCUGGAGAAAAUGCGUCAUCUGCUCAGGCCUGGCGUCUACAUUCAGGUUGGACCUUUCAGUCUUCGAGUGGUUGGCGUUGUUGGUAUCACCUACCUCCUUCCUCAGAAUGAGAGACCACUGUGUCAUCCCACUGUGGAUAGAGCAUAUAAGUCUUGUGGACAAGGAGGGCCCCCACAUGUGAAGAUAGUGGUGGAGUGGGACAAAGAGACCAAGGACUAUCUAUUUGGGCACACGGAGGAGGAGUACAUUCCUGAUGCUGAGAGUGUGUAUCUGCACAGAGAACAACAUCAUCAGCCACAGGCCUGCACACUCGCUCAGUGCUUCCACCUCUACACCAAGGAGGAGCAGCUGGCUCCAGACGAUGCCUGGCGCUGUCCCCACUGCAAGCAGCUGCAGCAAGGCCGCAUCAAGCUCAGCCUGUGGACGCUUCCGGAUGUGCUCAUACUGCAUCUCAAGAGGUUCAGACAGGAGGGUGACCGCAGAGUGAAGAUGCAAAACAUGGUAAGGUUCCCACUGAUGGGCAUGGACAUGGCACCUCAUGUGGUGAAAAGAAGCCAGAGCAGCUGGAGCUUACCUUCUCAUUGGUCACCAUGGAGACGACCAUACGGCCUCGGUCGAAACCCUGACGACUACCUGUACGACCUGUAUGCUGUGUGCAACCACCAUGGGAACAUGCAUGGAGGCCAUUACACUGCUUACUGUAAGAACUCCAUCGAUGGUCAGUGGUACUGCUUUGAUGACAGCGAGGUUUCACCAAUAGCUGAUGAUGAUGUGUGUCAGCAGACGGCCUACAUACUAUUCUACCAGCGGAGGACAGCCAUUCCCUCCUGGUCUGCCAAUAGUUCUGUUGCUGGCUCCACUAGUUCCUCCCUGUGUGACCACUGGAUCAACAGGUUACCUGGCAGUCGGCCUGCUAGUUUGGCCUCUGGAGCCUCAUCUAGACGGACAUCUCUGGCAUCCCUCGCUGAGUCCGUGGAGUUUCCAGGAGAACGCAGUGAAGAUGAUGGAGGAUUUUCUGUCCGGCCAUUUGUGAGGAGUAUUCAGCGUCAGAGCUUGUCCUCCAGGUCAUCCAUUGCGAGUCCUUUAGCCUUCAGCGACAGCGGAAUAAAACCUUCCUGGUCUCUCUCUGCAAAGCUGCAGAUGAGAUCCAACUCUCCCUCCCGGUUCUCCCUCGACUCCCGAUGUUCUCCUCCUCUGGAAAGGAUUGGCGAAGCCUGUGAUGAUAAAGUGUCCACGUCCUGUUUCGGCAGCUACAGCAGACAUGAACGCUACUUUGGCAGCAGGACCCCCCUGUCCAUGAUGGAGAGCAACUUCAGUGAGCCAGACAACAGUAAAAGGUUCUUGGACAUGAUGUACUGCAGGGCUCCCACUCCAGUGGACAAGAGGAGCGCCAAAAAUGAGGCUACAGAAAACAACAACCAGAUCACAGCUAUAGACCAAAACAUUCUACCAUCCCAAGGUACUCCCUCCAAAGAACAGAAGCGCAAGAGCAGCAUUGGUGGAUUUUCUUCAAAGGCGGAAAGCUCCACAAAGAGUUCUAGCAAAGUGGAGCAAGAAAAAGCUUCCAAAAAACGUUUGUGCUCAACCCAAAAGACCUCCAGCUCUGAGAUGUCUUCCGGUACACCUGUGAAAGGCAAAAAGGUCAGCAAUACCAGAGAAAAGAGUGUAAAUGCCAAGAAAAGCCCAAGUACACCCAGUGGAACCCCCUCCAAAACAAAGGAGACAGCUAAACCUCUGGAGGCGACACCACAACAUAAGCAGUGUGUCCGCUCCACACCUCAGUCUUCAGCGUCUCCCUCGCCAACUACAAAAAAGAACCCCAGCGUUGCUGACAAAACGACGGCAAGCAGUCGGAAAAAGAUGGUUGAGAGGAGCUACAGCAGAGAUUCUAUGCACACAAGCCCCCUGGUGGACAGUCUCAGGGGCUCGAUCGCUCGCUCUUCGCUGUCAAAAAGUGGAGAGAGCAACCGCACAGAGAGGAGAUUUGUGAGGAGCUCCAGCAGCAGCUCUUCUGUCACCAGCCUGCGCUCCCCCAGCGUCUCCACCAGGGACCUGCAACGUAGCAGCAAAACUGAGGAAAAGGGGUUGUCUUUCUUCAAAAGUGCCCUCCGACAAAGGGAAAGCCGCCGGUCGGCUGAUUUAGGGAAAAGUUCCUUACUCGCCAAGAAGACCUCAGAGAGGACAAAUAAGCAGAAUGGACAAGCCAAGGACUUGGGUGAUGAUGGAAAGAUGGGAGACGCAGUGUCUUCAAAGACAUCACCAGAGACUCGUGCAAGUGAGACAAAAUCAGAGAAAAAGGAGUCUUCCAAGCCCCCCAGCUCCCUCAGCCGCACUCUGUUAAACGUCGGCAGAUCCAAGUCUUCCAUUUCUGAAGUAAGUCUCAAGUCUCCCACAAAUGGGAAGAAGCCUCUAGAAAGGAUGGCAUCAUCCCAAAAGCUGUCAUCAAGCAUGCAAUCUCCUGCACGUACAACACAGAGGCCUCAAUGAUACAUCCAUGCUAGUAACAAUGAGAAUCGAACAUAAUGCAGCUAUUUUCUUUGUGCCUAAGUUUCAGUGAGCACCCCAUGUAUUUGUAAAGAGACAAUUUUGAUGUUAGAGUUUUGUGCCAUGGAGUCUUUGAGCUCUGAAUAUUGGCAGCCAGCUUUGAGUUCUUUUUAUUUAACUGUGAAAUAGACCGCCCUGUACAUCAUCGUCAUAUUUAGGUGCCAAACAGUUGCCUGGUUUUCUGCCAAAACUAGUUUUAAAGACAUGCAGAUUGUUUCUGAUUAGAGCAUUACAAAAAGACUUUGAUAGGGGGGCAGGGUGAUUGCUUGACACAGAAGUUGUCAGGCAUGGAAGAUUAAUCAGCAUCCAUAUGCAUUCACAACCACUUUGAUGCGUGUACUCGAGGAAUAUAUGACAGCUGACAGAAUUAUUUUUUUGAAUCUUGAAAUCCCAUUAUCUUCAGAAAAAGGCUUUUCUGAUGUUUGCAUCGCUUCAAAGAGUGAGUUUAGUCUGCUUAAAUAUGCAGCAUCUUAAACAUUCAGUGACAUAAGCAGGGCUGUAGAAAGCUGGCUGUCUGCAUAAGCAUUUUAAUCUCAAUGAUGGAAACAAAACUUUAAAAUCAAAAUGAUUUCUCUGGACAAAUACUGUAACUGAGCUACUAUGCUCCUCCAACGCACACAUGUAGAAGAGUUUCAUUCCGAAAUAAUAAUGGCUGAGCGUUGGUGGUAAUUUUCAUUGAUUGUCUUAAGUAAAUCUUACGAUCUGAUUUUGAAACCCUUCUCCUUACACUUCAGUUGAAGGGGUAUUAUUAGAGCUUUUUAUCCUACAAUGCAUAGACCACAUGUAGAGCUAAAUAAUUCCUUGUCUUGUGAGCAUGUAGAUUUAUAUUUUGCUGAAAACACAAACAAGAUGAUGUAAAUCUCAUUAACCAAACAGAACUACAGUGGUGAUGGCAGGCCCUGGACCAAAACUGAAAAGGAGUCAAAAUAAGAGAGAAUUAGAAUCGCUACACAAACUAUUACAAGUACUUUAAACUUUAUUUUUCUUAAAUGAUAGUACUUUUUGGAUAGAAAUGUAUUUUAUCAAAUGCUUAUUAAGAUUAACUCCUUUUUUCUUGGGGGGGGGGGGAGUUUUGGAAUGAAACCCUUUAAAAUCAAAGAAUAGAAAUACAUAAAUCUAUAUAGAUGUGUCUGUACAGAUAUUGGUAAAGUAUAUGGUAUAUAACUCAUCUUUUCUUUUCCAUGAGCAAGAAAAAAAUGAUCUUAAGCGCCUUUCAGUACUUCCAAUACUGUACAUGGAAACAAGUAAUUGCCUUUGGCAACAUUGUAGUCUACUACUGUAUGCAUCACUGAGUAGGAAUGUUGUAUGGUUUGCACUUUGUAUAGAUAAAGUAGUUUUUCUUUUAGCCAGAACAUUCAUAACUAUAUAAAUAUACACUAACUUAACUAUGUAAUUAUGUCAUUUUGAAUAUGUUCAUGGUUUUAGACCUAUUGUAAAGUGGUGUGAACAGGCCUUAGACUUGAAAUGGUAAAAGGGUACAUUCAUCUCAAUGUUUCAGGGGUCUUUAAAAAUAAAAAGGCCCUCUCACUUCACCUGGUGCUGUAACUGAGCGAUGCUCCUCUGUCAACAAUUCUACAAUGACUUCUAAUGCUGAUUAAUACUGUUCAAAACUGUGACCACACUCUUCACUGAAUCACAAACCUGUUGGCAGCAUUUCUCCAAACCUGUGGUACCUCAUCGGAGAACCAUUUUUUUCUUCAUCAGGCUGAAAGCGAAUAUCUUCAGAAUAAUGAGCCAUUUAACUAAUCCUAGACUACAUUUAUUAAAGUUGUCCAAUUAUGACUAUAAAGGCCAGAUUUUCUGCAUGGUGUAGGCAAGGCAGAGGCAGCUGUCAGGAUGCUCGCUGGUCUUGUUUUAAAUCAUUCUGCUUUAUUAACAGCUGCUAUAGUCAUACAUUAGAUACCAGCAUAGUGUUUGUUUUUAAUGAGUGAAUGUUAUGCUUUUAAAUCCAAACAUUAGUAAGUUUUUUCUUCUCAACAUUUUCUCUCUCAGCAGUUUCUCUGUAGCAUCUACCAGGUGUACAUUUCUCAGAUGGUUUUCAAAGGAAAUACCACCAUAAAUCGAGUUUGUUAUGUGUUGUUUUAUUGGCCAGAGAAGGCUUUGAGCAAAUCAGCAGCCUUUCUUUCAAACCCACGUUUCAGAACCUAAAAGGAAAACCAGUUUUGUCACAUUUUCUAGUGGAAAGCAUGAUGAAUGACAAUCCAAGUAGCGACAUAUCCAAAGAAAAAAGAACAGAGCAAAACAUAAAUUAUGUUGUUUUUUUAGUCUGAAGUAAAGUUACGCAAACUCUUAACCCCUUUUUCUUCAGAACGUCAAACCAGAGCCUGAAAUCUGACAUUUAGAGGAGAAAAUGUUUAUAACAGCUCAUAAAAUAUUGCAGAAGCUCUAGACAGACAUGCUUCUGUAAAAUUUAUUCUGCACUCUCUGGUAAUAAGUAAAUUUAGGUUGAUCUUGACUUAACUCAUUUUAAAAUCACUACAUGAAUGAAGAAAACAGAGAAAUUCUUUUGAUGCUUAUCCACUUGUAGCUUCUGUAAAAACCUGAGUCUAACUUAGGAUGACUUUAUCUGCAUGCUUCUUAGUAACAUCACACAUUUGGAGAAAAAAAGUAUAUCAUGCAGUUGGUAGCGAUGUAAGAGUAUCUGGCAAUAAAAAUAAGGGGAAUCUGAAUGUGCCAAAAAUAUAUAUCGCAAUAUGCUUUUUAACCAGCUGAGAAUGCUGUCUGCUCAUUACUUGUCUUGUUUAACAUCAGUACUGUGAUCUCAUGUCUCAGUUAUGUGACAUGUAGCUGUACAGGUUGAGUGGACUGUGACAUCCCUACUGCCUACUUAUCCCAUGGAGGAGCUGGUAAGCUCUCUGCAGGACUCUCCCAACAUUACACAGAAAAAAAUGGCUCUACUGCUCAAGCCUUGUCUGACCAUAAAAAAUAACAUACUGCUGUUUAAAAAGUGGUGGUUUUCCUUUAGCUGCUCUUUUCUACCUUUCAUUGUUAUCUAUCAGGAACCUAUGCAUGGCACUUUGGAUCAAAGCAGGACAAUUUUAUCUCAUUUCAGCUUUCACUGUCUUGUUUGCCUGUCUUAAAUGCAGCAUUUACACUAAAGUGGUAAGUCCACACAUUUGAGCAUUACAUGUUUGUCUCUUCAUCCACUCAGAGUGGCGUUUUUCUGUCAUGUAGCCUAAAUGGAGUCUAGCAGUAGGAGGUGUGAGUCAGAGUAGUUGUACAACAUCUCUUUGUAUACAGCUAAACUUUUAUGUACAGAUAACAGAAGUCUUAUUCUGCCCAUUUCCUCUCCUUUUCUUUAUUUUUAGUUUCACUCAUUCGUAACAGCUGUAUAUAUGGCAAGCACAUCGCCUACAUUACAUGGUUCAUUCAGUUGCUCACUCAUGGACUAGUGGACUAGUCCUAGGCAAAGCUAAUUGUAGCACAAUAAUCAGUUUAUGAUAUUCAUCAAUUAGACUUUAAAUCAUACAAAAAAAUCCGACAUGGCUGACUCAUUGAUGACCAAACAAGUACUGUAUUCAUUGCGAGAUGUGUAAGUGUAUGUUUGUCCAAUUAAUCCAAAUAAGUAACCUGUUUAAACAAGAUGUCAAAUCAAUGCAAACAGUCAAAGAUAAUGAAUCACCAUCUAUACUGAAUAGAUUUUGCUUGCUUGCUUUCUUCACUGCAGUCACAGCUGUUUUCUUUUUUCAAUGUACAGAGCUAAGAAAGAUUAAGGAAUGCAGUAUUGCAUGUAAACUCAAAUGCAUGUGUUUCAUUAACUAUGCAAGCCUGUGUGGCUGUGUAAUAUCAAAAGCAGAGCAUGGCUCAUAUAUUCCAUUGCUUAAUUUUUGCACACAUUCCAACAUUUAGACAUUGUUAAAUACAGAGUAUUUCAUCUGUACAGUUAACAGAACUUCACCUUAACUUAUGCUUCUAUUAAAAUGUAUCACAUGCCAUUUCUGCUUUCAGCAUUUUACCAUUUAAUGUGUAAGUUUGGCAUUAUUUUUUCUUAUUUUAUGAUUGAAAUCAGCUGAUCUGUGCACUCUGGGUGCUCCUGCCAAACUUGGUAGGUAACUGUAAUUUUUUUGGAUGAGAUGUUUAAUAUUUACACCAGCACAGACAACACUUUAAAUGUCAUAAUAUGUGGUUCCUAAUAGCCUCACAUAUGUGUAUGUAUGGAUGGAUGGAUGUUGUGAAAAAGCUUUCCAUUAACUCUCUGUAGUUUGUGAACCCAUGCUGAAAUGUUGUCAGCUGCAUCCAAGAUGUGGUUGGUCUCUAAAAUAAAGGCAAUGCAAAUAAAUAAAUGCUAUAUAUCAAGUACAGCUAAAUGCAAUAAGGAUAGUACAUUUGUAGUUUUAUAUUACAAGUGACAAAAUGGCAUUAAACGUAAAUGUUCAGUUGGUACUUUUUUAUACCACAUCAGUUAUUUUAACCAUUUAUGUUUUUUUUUUUUUUUAAUUCAAAACAAUUUGUUAGCAAACUAAAGGCACCACUAUUUGUUUCAUAUAAUAUUAUUUACAUGAGUACAGGUCUGCUGCAGAAGUUAAGAUUAAAUAACUCUGCAUCGAGUUCUUUUACUUUUGAAGUCAAAGAAAGCUCAGCUCUCUACUUAGUUAAGAACUUAUCUUCAACAUUUCCAUGCAGGCGUUUUACCACUCAAUCAGGGUUUUAAUAACCACUCAAACCCAACAAAAAUAACUGCAGUUUAGACAGAUUCCUUUGCUUUUGGUGCCCCCUGUGGACGAAGUUUUCUGUUGUAAUUUGCUUAUUUUUUAAUAAUCUUUCCUGCUCUCCUUUAACAGACAAACAUCACUUUCUGUGAAUCUUUGCUGUUAAAAAAUGUAAAUUCCUUCUCCUCACUGGAGCUUUAAUGUACUCUUCCCAAAAGAGUUUCUUGUCACUUUGUUUUAGUGCAGAUAAAUCUGAGACUUACAGGAUAUUUUCCACGUUAACACUACAAACUAAGAUGUUUCAGACGCCUUAUGCCAAAAUAAUUAUAUUAAAAGUGCAGAUUUUUCUUUGACGAUACCAAGAAGCUGUACAAUGAAUGAAUGUCAUUAGUCAUAUUUACAAUCUCUCAAGCUACACUACAGUGCUAACUGACUAGCAUGCCUCCCCUUGGAACUUUUUUAUGUUUAAUUCAUAAUUUUCUCAAACAUUUGUAAAGUGUUUUGUAAAAUACUGUAUGUUGCAUUCAUUAAGAGUCUUACUGAAUCCAUGUUAUACGAGGUUCACAAGGUGACAUCUGCAUAGCCUAAUGGCCUAAUGUUUUUAUUUCUUUUUUAUUUUUCUACAUGGAAGCCUUUAUUCCAGCGUUUGCCUCUUUUGUCUUUCGUGUUUUCAAAGAUGUUUUGACAUUCAGUAGUUUCAUAUAAAUUCCGUUGACUGUGUCAAAGUCUUCUAUGUUAAUUUAUUUCUUUUUUUUUUAUUAUCCUGUAUGCACUUUUUAUGUUUCUUUUUUAUUUCUCUAAAAGGACAAAUGUGUAUAUACUUUGUUGUUUUAC